AUGUCUCCAUCUGCUAUCUCCGAGCUUACGCAGAAGUGUCAGGACAUUGCCAUCACUCCUGCCAAAACCCUCCAUCUCAAGGGCCACGGCGAUGGGGAAGCCACUUCCAAUGGACUCGAGAAAUCGGAAUUUCUUCUAGGCCGUCACCUUCACAAAGCCUUUCCCAUGGUAACUGGCGGCAAGGGCAACUAUUUAUACCUCGCCGAUGGACGCACUGUCUUUGAUGCUUCAUCUGGUGCCGCUGUCUCGUGUCUUGGGUAUGGCAACGAGCGAGUGAUCGCAGCCAUCACAGAUCAGAUCAACACUGGUGUAUCAUAUCUCUGCUCUAGCUUUUGGGGGAAUUCCGUGGUGGAAGAGCUGUGCAAAGAACUUAUCAACGGAACUGGGGGGCAAAUGAGCCGGGUGUACUUGACAGGCUCGGGGUCCGAAGCAAUGGAAGCCGCUGUAAAGCUUGCUCGGCAAUACUUCUACGAGAGUGACAAGCAAACCCCGCGAGUGAACUUCAUCGCCCGCGAAACCUCUUACCACGGCAACACCAUUGGUGCCCUGGGAGUUUCUGGGCAUGUUGCUCGUAGAGCACCAUAUGAACCCUUCCUUAUGGACAAUAUUCAUCGCGUGUCAGCUUGCAACGCGUAUCGACAGCGCAAGAACGGCGAGUCCGAUGAAUCCUUCGUUGCUCGGAAAGCUGCAGAGCUGGAGGCCAAGUUCCAAGAGCUAGGUCCAGAGACAGUUAUUGGUUUCGUCUGUGAACCUGUAGUUGGUGCUGCUUUAGGUUGUGUUCCGUCUGUCCCAGGAUAUCUGAAAGCCAUGAGAGAAGUCUGCCAUAAGCAUGGUGCGCUCUUCAUUCUCGACGAAGUGAUGUGCGGUAUGGGACGGUGCGGCACUUUGCACGCCUGGCAACACGAAGAGGUGGUUCCGGACCUGCAAACACUUGGGAAAGGUCUUGGAGGUGGCUAUCAACCAAUCGCUGCUGUCUUAAUUUCGCCGAAGGUUGUCGAUGCAUUCAUGAAUGGAAGUGGUCAAUUUGUUCAUGGACAGACAUAUCAAGCAAUGCCUGUCCAAGCAGCCGCAGCGCUUGAGGUCCAGAGAAUCCAGCGGGAAGAGAACCUGAUGCAGAAUGCCAAAACCCAAGGAGAAUAUUUAGAGAAGUGCCUCAAAUCACUUUUGGGGGAUCAUCCGAACGUAGGUGAUAUUCGUGGUAGAGGGCUCUUUUGGGGACUGGAGUUUGUGAAGGAUAAGGAGACCAAGGAGCCUUUUGAUCCGAAGCUCGGUGUUGCUGAGAAGGUGCAUGAUACAGCUAUCUCCGCUCCGUUCAACAUGACAAUGUACCCAGGUACUGGCACGGUGGAUGGGUUUGCCGGGGACCAUAUUAUCCUCGCUCCAACAUACAUCGUCACCAAGGAGGACAUCGAGCGCAUUGCGAAAGUAACUCUGGAAGUCGUCAGCAAAGUCUUCGAGUCACCCGGAGUUGACUCUUGA